AUGUAUCCCAAGAUCAAGCACACUUCUCCGUUGACAGCCAAUAAUUCUAUUGAGCUAAGAGAAUGUCUUAGGAAUGGCACUUUAUCUCUAAGAGACCUCGACAAUAAGAAAAGAGGGUCCUCAAAAGGAAGAAGAAGACGUAGAAAGACCAAGACUGGGGAACCUGUUGUGGCAGAUCAUGACACAAAAGCAACUCAGGCUCCCGGAAACAGCCCGAAGGUCACUAAAUCUUCAAAGACCAAGAAAGAUCCGAAAGAAAUAGGAGUUAACCUUCAAUUAAACAGCCAAGCCAAAGAAUCUGAGAGGAUCGUACGAAGCAUCCUUGAUGACGUCUUUGACUCUGUUUCCAGGCAUUUUGCUGCAAUUGAACACAGUGUUGCAAGAGAACAAGCAAAUGAAUUAGCUGAUGUCUUUUUGGCAUCCUUUGACGAAAGGGUUGUGUUAAGACGGAAGGUCUACCUAGACCAAAGGCGGGAAACGCAAAAGUUGAUAUACAAGGCAGCAAAGGAAAAUGUGAAUGACUUAAUAAUCAGAGCAACAAAGCACUAUUGCCAAAGUCAAGACAAGGAACAUUCAAAUGCUCUCUAUCCCUUGGAUCUGCUACAUUCGGCAGAAUUUGAAGCAAGAAUGAGGGUGCGCGUGGAACAGAUAAACGCUGAGAAAAUGGCAAUGCAACAGACUAUGCAAAAGACGGCCUCGGAAAUUGUUGAAGAUUUGUUCACUUCCGCAACCCAUUAUGCAAGCUUAUACGGUGCGCCUGAAACAGAGCCGAUCAACAAAGAUGUAGCUACCCGGAAAUUCUACAUUGACCAGAGACGGGAAACGCAUGAGUUAAAAUAUAAGGCAGCACAGGAAAAUGUGAAUGACUUGAUAGUCAGAGCAACAAAGCACUGUGGCCAAAGUCAAGACAUGGGACAUUCCAAUACUCUCUAUACAUUGGAUCUGUUUCGGUCUCCGGAUUUUGAAGCAAGAAUGAGAGUGCGUGUUGAACAGAUAAAAGCCGAGAAACUGGCAAUGCAGCAGACUAUGUACAAGUCCGCCUCAGAAAUUGUUGAAGAUCUGUUCACUUCUGCAGCCUAUAAUGUAAGCUUACCCGAUGCACCUGAAACAUACAAUGCUCAUGAAACAGAGUUGAUUAAGGAAGAGGAAGGAGAUUUUGAGGUGCCUGUGAGAGGAUGGAGAAAGUUUCUCUGUUGUGCAAAGGCAAGCAAUCAAAAGAAGAAGAAAGAGAAGUCUGGAUUGCUUGCUCGACUGCGCCGUCUGUUUAGUCGCCACUAAAUUUGAUUUUUCAAAAUUACUAUGAUUAUU